GAUUGUAUGGAUGAGCGGAAGAAGGUCGCUGGUGGAUCUGGGAACGUAGUUAGAGCGCUGCAGAGUUCUUUUGUCGAAGACAGGUCUUCAUUUGAUGGGAGACUUAGUUCUGAUUCUGUUAAUGUAGAAUUGAAGAAGGCGGCAGAGCCUCAUGCUGAAGGAACUUCAGCUAAUUGUUUAGACGUACAGUCCGACCCUCUUGCUUCUGAUUCUGAGAGUGUGUCUUCUGUUAGUAGUUCAGUGACGCAGGAGGGUGGUGCCGGAAAAGGACAGCGUGGACCUCGAGCCGUUGUGGUACCGUCGAGAGUUUGGCAAGAGACUAACAACCGGUUGCGACGGCAGCCGGAGCCGGGUUCUCCAUUAUCUAAGAACGUUGGUGCAAAAACAACAGUACCUUCGAAGGUAAAUAUUCCCAAGAAGCAUUCAAUUGAUAGUCCUGCAUCAUCUCCCCGCCAGGUUGGGAAUAACAUGGAACAGUCAUCUCCUGUUCGAGUUCCAAUCGGUCCUGCAUCGCCAAGUAAGCUUUUAGCAUCAUCCAUAUCAUCACCUUCAAAAGGAAGCCCAUCUCGUGUGAGAUGCUCACUGUCAAAUGCAUUCAGUAAUAACUGGAGCAGCACACCAUCUACUUUUAAUUUCGCCAACGAUGUUCGAAAGGGAAAAAUGGGGGAUAGCCGGAUGGUUGAUGCACAUUCAUUGAAGAUGUUGUACAAUAGGCUUUUGCAGUGGCGUUUUGUGAAUGCUAGAGCAGAUAUCACAUCUUCUGUCCAGAAUUUGAAUGCAGAGAGAAAUCUCUAUAAUGCUUGGAAUAGUAUUUCAAAAUUGCGUGAAUCUGUUGUAGCCAAAAGACACGAGUUACAAUUACUACAGCACAAACUUAAGCUGGCUUCUAUCCUCAAGUCUCAAAUGAUAUAUUUGGACGAGUUGGAUCUUCUGGAUCAAGACUUCUCCAGCUCUUUGUCAGGUGUAACAGAAGCUUUAGAAGCUAGAACUCUCCGCUUACCAGUUGAUGAUGGGGCGAAGGCGGAAGUCCAGGAUGUCAAGGAUGCAAUUUGUUCAGCAGUUGAUGUGAUGCAAGCAAUGGCACCAUCCUUAAACUUAUGGCUAUCAAAGGUUGGAGAGGUGAAUUCCGUGGUAUCAAAACUUGCAGAUGUUAAUGCACAUGAGCGUGCAUUGCUUGAACAGUGCAAUGAUCUCUUGUCUACAGUAGCAUCCAUGCAGGUUAAAGAAUCCAGCCUGAGAACUCACAUAUUGCAACUAGAGCGAAUACCAGCUUAACAGGACAGGACAGAGAACAGGUAUCUGCUGACUGUCCAUUAUUAGACCUAAGAUCUUGCAAGAGAAUUGAUCCCACCCAUUCUUUUUACUUGAAUUCAUGAAACAAGAAGCAAUAAAAGGAUUAUUGAUAGUGUCGGUCAUAGGAGCUGGAAACUGGAAGUGUUUCAUAAAUGGUAGGAAAUUGUGGUGCUCAAGUCUAGAGAGUGGAUCAAAAUUAGAUAAUAUUCAUGUACCUUCUUCUAGAGGGGGCCAGGAAAACAUUUCUUGUAAAUGUCAAAAUGAACGUGGUUCUUAUU